AUGGAUCUCCUGAUUUGUGGUACUUGCGGCGUGCAGUAUGACAGCCACGCCGUCAAAUCAUGCAAGAUAUGCGAUGAUCCUCGCCAAUACGUCGCCGAAGACGGCCAAUGGUUCACCACCCUCCGCGAGCUCCAAGACUCCAAAAAGUACAGAAACGUCUUCACCAAGGACAAGUACAACUCGGGCGUCGUCGCCGUCCGCACCGAGCCCCCCGUCGCCAUCGGCCAGCGCGCGUUCCUCCUCCGUUCACCCGCCGGCAACCUCCUCUGGGACUGCAUCACGUACAUCGACGACGACACGGUGCGGCGCGUCAACGAGCUCGGCGGCAUCGCCGCCAUCGUCAUCUCGCACCCGCACUACUUCUCGACCGCGCUGCACUGGGCCGAGGCCUUUGGGUGCAAGGUGUACGUCUCGGCCGAGGACGGCGAGUGGCUCACGCGCCGCGGCGACGCCCACGUGCUGUGGGAGGGCCGGGACAUGGAGUUCCUCGGCGGACAGUUCCUGGCGGUCAAGGUCGCAGGGCAUUUCCCCGGGAGCUCGGUGCUGCUGUGGAGGAGCGAGAGGAAGCUCUUCGUUGCGGACUCGGUCAUGGUCGUGCCCAGCGGCGUGUACCACGUUGACCGGCCGCCGGGGACCGCGAGUUUUGCGUUCAUGUGGUCGUAUCCAAACAUGAUUCCGCUGUCACCUGAGGACGUUUACGACAUCUGGAAGGCUGUUUCCAAGCUUGAUUUCGAGGAUGCGCACAGCGCCUUUCCCGGACGAGAUGCCAGGGGCGAUGCAAAGAGACGGCUUUUGGACAGCGCCCAGAUCUUUGUCAAGUCUGUUGGAUACAUCGACCAUCCCAUUCAUGGCGAGAGUAUUUAG